AUGAGUCGGGUCCACCAGGCACACGUAAAGGUGCUAGAGAUGAGGCUCAAAGAGGAUCCUGGCUGGAAAAACAGCAAGACGGUGAGCAACAGAGGGACAGAAGCUCUUCCGAACCUGCUUGAGUUCUUCCAGGAGCGUGUGGCUCAGCUUGUUGAUCCGGCUAUGGAGGGCGCCAUGAGCCUGGCUCACGAUCUGCCCUCCGCCCUUUUGCCAGAGCGCGAGCGUGUGCAGCUGCUGCAGGCGGGUGAGCUGAUGGCAGCCUUGCAGCAUCUUCUGCUUUGCCCAGGGCUCCCAUCGGAUGCCGUACUAAGCUGGCUUGAUGGGUCACAUACACAAGAGGAGGAUGGCCUCGAGAUCAGCGUGUCCUCAGUUCUACACGAGGCUGCUGUUUUUCUUGCUCCUUUUGAGGAUGUUAACAGGGGUGGCGGAAUCAGAAAGACCUCUGACUGGGCUGGCAGGAUGCUUAGGUCGGGAGCAAGAGGACCCAUCAACAAUCAAGCCGCUGCCAACGCCACGGCCAGCACCAGCCAGUCCCUUGCCAGAAGCAGCGAUUCCACUGCCGCGAGCAGCUCAACCAGGGAUGCGCGCAUCUCUCUCUCGCAAGCCGAGCACCUCUUCCACUCCAUCCGCCGCCAUCUGAAGCACAUCGGCAAGCAAAGCCCCGCCUUCCACAUCCCCACCCUCAGCAACAACCCAUCAGCUGCCACCGUAGCCGCUCAGUGCGUGGCAGGCGCACGCCUCGUCCUCUCCACCGUCUCCUCCUCUGCCCGGGCUCUCGUCCGCUGUUCCGGCCACUUUCCACUGCUGCUGCUGGACGAGGCGGCUCAGCUGGUGGAGGCGGAGUCCCUUGUGGCCCUGCAGGCAUGUGGGCUGCGCUAUGCCGUGCUGGUGGGGGACCCCAAGCAGCUGCCUGCUACCGUUAUGAGUAAGAAUUCCGACCUCACACCCGCAACUCCAAUCCGUAUCCCCAUCACUUGCACGCCCUCGCCGUUUCUGCUCCUUCCUUCCGCACCCGCAGAGGUGCUGAGCGUGCAGUACCGCAUGCACCCCGACAUCACCCGCUUCCCCUCGCACUGCUUCUACCACCGCCGCAUCCAGGACGGCCUCAACGUGUGCCUGCCCUCGCACUGCCCGCCGCACCUGCAUCUGCUGUUUGGCCCGUACAGGUUCUUCCAUGUGAGGGGGCGUGAGGAGAGGGACUCUGUGGCUGUGGAUGCAGGCAGUCGCAGCAUUGCCAACUCGGUUGAAGCUGCCGUCGUGAUUGCGCUGCUCAUGCGCCUCUCCAGCGUCCAGCCGGCAUUAUCCCAUCCCAUGUCCACACCCUGCAUGGCACAUGGCUUAUGGGCAUCGGUGUCCCGCUCCCAAUGUGCAGCAUGCGGAGGCAAGGAGGGAGGGCCUGUGAAGGUGGGGCUCAUCUCGCCAUACGCCCGCCAGGUGGAGCUGCUGCAGCGGGCCGUGGAGGCCAAGCCGUGGCCCUCCCUGACUGUGGAAGUUAACACAGUGGACGGGUUCCAGGGCAGGGAGUCUGCUGACAGAUUGCGGUCAGUGGUGGGUGCAGAUUCAACUCGUGCUGCUUCAGCGUGUACUCCCUUUCCUCCUUACCUUCCCUCUUAUCCCUUUUUCCGCCUUCCCCUUCUCUUCUCCCUGCGCCGUGCCUCUGCGCUGCGCCUGCUGCCUGCCGCCUGCCGGUACCCACAGGCGGCGUUCAGCCAGGAGUUUCAGCGCAGCAUGCGGCAGGCGCCUUCACUGGAGGUGAUCAAUGCAGUGCGGCGCCUCAUGCAGGGCCACCGUCCGCAGUGGGACACGCGGCCGCGACACGAGCUUAGCGACCCGCGCUAUCACGACAUCAUUCAUGUGCAGCCUGUGGGGCGGGCCUUUCUCAUCUGGACCGUUGACAUCUCAACGGAGUCUUAUCAGCAAGUGAGGACUUCCCCCACACAGGCCGCACGGGUUCGUGUGGGGUUUGGUCUGGCUUCAGUGCUGGAGUUAUGGAUCCUGGGAUAUGCUGGUUUAGCCAGUCUGUCGUCGCGUGUGCUGUUCUUUCCUCAUAAGGAAACUCGCGCCUCACUCGGCAGAGAGCAGGGCGGCUGGGGGACAUAUGAGAAGCUUGAGGAGAGUGAGGAAGAGGAGGGUGAAGGGAAGAGUGGGGGGGAGGGAGAGGAGGAGAGGGGUGGACUCCGGCAGGUGGUUGUGACUCCGAGUGCGCGCCUGUGUGCUGCCAUCAAACGCUAUGUGAACAAGGCCACGAGGACUAUGCUGCAGGCAGAGGAGCAAAGCGGUCCCUGCUUGCCGAAUGAACGCGCGGGGAGAGGGGAAAGAGAAGCACAGGCAGGGGAGGAAGGGCAGGAUGAGCUGCUGUUGUUGGAAGAAGCAGAGGAGAAGCUUCUGGGCGACCUACCAGAGGCUCUGGAUUCAGUACCGCCAGCUGCCUUCCCUCUUGUACUCACCUUCAAGAAGCUUCUCAGCAUGGUGAAUGCCACACUAUCGCACCCGUUCCACACGGGAGGGAGCAGUGGAUGGGGCCGAGGGGGGUCUAUGGGAGGUUGCUGGAGUGGUGACGGCUUGCCUGGUGAGGAGGUUGACUACGAGCGCUUUGAGGCAGUCUACUGGCCGCGGCUCAACGCAGCAACCACUCGUCGUCUCGACGCGUCCGCGGUGUUCAAGGAGAUCUUCUCGCACAUCAAGGGCUCCCUGCACGCGCUCAGGUCACCGCACGGCCGCGUGUCUCUGCAGGACUACGUGCUGCUGGCGCGCACGCGCACGUCGAGCCUGAACGAGGAGCAGCGCACGGCCGUGUACGCGCUCUUCCUGCAGUACGAGAGGCUGAAGCGGCAGAGAGGGGACCAUGACAUGUGCGACUACGUGUUUCAUGUGUAUAAGCAGCUGGAGAAAGGGGCUACACGGCUCUGGACCCCCGCUGCGGCUGCUGCAGCAGGCACUGCCUGUGGUAGCACCAGCACUCCUCCGUAUCGCAGCAAGGCUGAGGUUUCUCCAACUGCGAUUGGGGCGAGCAGGGUCGUUGGUGCUGGAGGGAAAGUCCUCGCAGGGCCACCAUUCCAGUAUGUGUAUGUGGACGAGGUGCAGGACCUGACCCAGGCGCAGAUCGCCAUCCUGCAGUUCCUCUGUUCCAAUGUCGCUAGCGGUUUUUUCUUUGCCGGUGACACUGCCCAAACCAUCGCUCGUGGGGUGGACUUUCGCUUUCAGGACGUCCGGCGGCUCUUCUACGAGCUUUUCCUGGGGAAAGGGGUGGCUUCUGCUGCUGGCGGGGUGGAGAGGAGCGAGGAAUUGGAUGGAGGGCGAGGAGGGGUUCGUGGUGAGGAAGAGGUUCGAGGGGAGGGAAGUGCAGGGAAGGAAGCAGGGGUUAGUAAGCCCUGUGCAGGCUUUUCUAAGGGUGCAGCAGGCACAAAGAAAACCACAUCAGAAGCAGUCAUCGACCCGGUUGUAGGCAUCAUGGAUGGGAGAGAGGACGUUUGCGUUGGCCCACCAGCAGAGGAUCGUUCCUCAUGCACUGAGAUGCCGGACUUGCAGUUCCUCUCGCAGAACUUCCGGUCGCACAGCGGCAUUGUGCGAGUGGCAGACAGCGUGGUGCGAGUGCUGCUGCACUUCUUCCCCCACUCUGUCGACCGCCUGCAGCCUGAGUUCAGCCAGCAGCACGGCGAGCCGCCCGUGUUCCUCCAGUCCGGCGGCAGCUGUGACCGCGUGGCACAGCUGUUUGGGAAGCGCGGGGGCAUUGGAGGAGGGUGUGAAUUCGGCGCUGAGCAGGUCAUUCUAGUGCGAGACGCAACGCGGCGAACGGAUCUGGUGGAGCGCACUGGCUUGCGCAGGCUCGUGCUCAGCGUGCAUGAGUGCAAGGGGCUGGAGUUCCAGGUGCGCCAGUGGACCAGUGCAGUGCAGUGCAGUGCAGAGAUGCUUAAGAGUUUUACCUCAUCUUCUCAUGUCCGAAUCCCCACCCCCUCCCUUUUCCCACCUCUUCUCCACCUGUCGCCCUCCCAUCGCAGGCACAACCUGCUGUGCAGCGAGUUGAAGCAGCUGUACGUGGUGCUAACGCGUGCGCGGCAGCGGCUGUGGAUCUAUGAGGAGGACGAGGCAGCAAGGCAGCCAGCCAUGGAGCUGUGGGAGGCGAUGGGGCUUGUGGUGGUGCGCCCGCUGACCAACGAUCUCAUUGCGUCCAUGCACACAGAAUCCUCGCCAGAGAAAUGGCACAAGCGAGGCUUCGAGAUGUUCAACGCUGGGCAGUUUGAGGCGGCGAAGACGAGUUUUGAGAGGGCGCGGGAUGAUCGCAGAGCAGCAGUGGCACACGCAGCUCUGCUGCAGCAGACGGCCAAGAGGCAGCAAGGCACAGACCACCGGCAGGCCUGCCGGACCUUUCAGGAAGCCGCGCAGGCGUUUCUGGCGGUUGAGCGGCCGAGGGACGCUGCGGGGUGCCUCGCCAGCGCUGGGGAGAUGGAACGAGCAGAAAUAGCGUGCCAGCCAGUCCUGGAGUGUGUAGGUGGAUGUGAGACCGUUUUCUUGAUGAUGGGAACGACGCCCUCGCAUGUUGAGAAGCAUUUUCGGGGACAGAACAACUUGCCGUUGACUCUCUUGUGCACAACCAACCUCUCGUGCAUGUUUGAGUUCUUCUCUUUUCCUUUGUCCCUCAUGUGUAAACCCUCCAAUACUAAUCACCUCUUGUCCGUCACCUUUUCGUCUCCUUCUCGCCUUCCCUUCUCCUUCCUUUCUCCGUUCUUUUUGCUUCCUAUGUCCUUCCCUUCUCCUUCCCCUCUCCUUCCCUUCUCCUUCUCCUUGUUCUUCCCUUCUCCUUCUCCUUGUUCUUCCCUUCUCCUUCUCCUUGUUCUUCCCUUCUCCUUCCCUUCUCAUUCCCCUCUCCUUCACUUCUCCUUUCCUUCUCCUUUCCCUUCCCUUUUUUACUUUCCCUUCCAUAUUUCUUUCUACUCCCUUUUCUUUCCCCUUUCCUUUUCCAUUUUCCUCUCAGUUUCCGUCCAUAACACCUUCAUAUCUACUCCUCCCAAGCUCACAUCUACUCCUCCCGAGCUCAGAUCUAUCCCCCCCGAGCUCAGAUCUACUCCUCCCGAGCUCACAUCUACUCCUCCCGAGCUCAGAUCUACUCCUCCCGAGCUCAGAUCUACUCCUCCCGAGCUCACAUCUACUCCUCCCGAGCUCACAUCUACUCCUCCCGAGCUCAGAUCUACUCCUCCCGAGCUCACAUCUACUCCUCCCGAGCUUAGAUCUACUCCUCCCGAGCUCACAUCUAUUCCUCCCCAUCUGCAACUCCAGCGCCCAGAUCUGCAUUCCCCGCGCUCAGAUCUGCAACUCCAGCGCCCAGAUCUGCAUUCCCCGCGCUCAGAUCUGCAACUCCAGCGCCCAGAUCUGCACUCCCUGCGACCAGAUCUACUCCUCCCGCGCCUAGAUCUGAUCAUUCCGCGCCCAGAUCUGGAUUCCGCGCCACCAGAUCUCCUCCUCCCGCGCCCAGAUCUGAACAUUUCGCACCCAGAUCUGCACUCCGCGCGCCCAGAUCUGCACUCCGCCCACCCAGAUCUGCACUCCGCGCGCCCAGAUCUGCCCUCCGCGCGCCCAGAUCUGCCCUCCGCGCGACCAGAUCUGCAUCUCCCGCGCUGA